CUGCAAUCAUCACUCUGUCAUCUCACCCCUCAACCCUGCUCUUGCUGCUGUUUUUCAUCGCCUGGUGCGUUGUUUCAUCUCGAUCGCGGUGAGAACCUCGUCAUGCGGCUUUUGGUGUACCUCUGCUGUCCCGAAUUAUCAUGAUAUCGCCCUCCUGACUCUGACACUGGAGCGAAUUCUGGGGGAGGGUCGAGGUCCGGAUUGCCGUUCUCUAGCGGAGCAUGCGACUGGAGAAUGUCGGAGGCCCGGCAAAAGGAUGUGCACAAUGUCUGGCAACUUAUAUCUAACCGCUACUGGGCCGCCCGCCAGCCCGGUUCUUCUCAACAUGACCGACCGACGAGUCCGACCGGAUGGCGCCCCAUCUCCCUCCGUCCCACCUAUCUUUCCCUUAUCGCCUGUAUUAUGCUCUUUCUCCUGGUAGUCCUCGAAGCCCUCCGACAAUAUAGCGACCGAAACGGCGGACUCGUCUUCUUUCAGGAUACCGAUGACGUUAGCAAUUCGCAGUCUUUCUCCUACAACUAUAUCCCCGUCAUCAUCGCCCUCGUCCUUUCCACCCUUUGGUCCUUUAUCGACUUUGAUGUACUGCGUCUCGAACCGUAUUUCCAGAUCUCUCGCCCGGAAGGAUGUCCUGCGACGGUGCUCUUCAUCAACUACAACUUUGGCCAGAGCUUCAUCACUCCCAUAACCUCUGCCAAGAGGCAGCACUGGCUGGUACUGUCGGUCUCUCUGGUCACGCUUCUCAUCCGCAUAUUUCACCCCGCGUUGCAAAGUGCCAUGUUGGAACUCCGGGAGGUUACAAUGUUCGCGGAUGAGAGUAUGAAAACUUGGUCAGAGUUGGUCAAUCCGGCUGCCCAGGCGCGAUGGUUUGCCGCUCAAGAGGAUAGCGAGAGCAAUAGCUUCGACGCGUAUUUCACGGACAGUGUCAACCUACAACAGACUCGCUCGGGAAACUUCGCCGUCGCUCCGGUUCAGAUUCCGCAAAACGACCGCCGCGAGACCACCGUCUGGUCGCUGAACCAAACCAUCUACUGGACCCAGCUGGAUUGUCACGACCUGUUUGUGGAUGCCAACCUCUCUGUUUCCAUCAACCAGACCGAUCAGUGGUUAACUUGGGAUGUUCGUGGAUUGGAGUACUCCUGGCUGGGUGAGGAAUGCACCUUGGACUUCUCAUACGACAACGUGCUUUUCGAGAAUAGUGAUUUUCUGCAAGUUCGAUAUUGGGAACCCACAUGGGAAGACGACCAAUGGACCGCCGCUGAUAAAAGCUUUACCGCCAGCGGAUGCGACGCGAUUGACCUUUAUGGUGUGCUCUUAUCCAUCAAUGCGACAUCCUUUGGCUUGAACUCCAUCAGCGCGCUGGGAAAUGAAUUCACCUCGUCGGCGACUCUGUUUGCCUGCAACAUUGAAUACUACCAGGCCGAAGCGGAGGUUACUAUGCACGCAAACAGCUCAAUUACCAGCACCACCCUGCACAACGACACAACCAGGGAGCUCACCCAGGAACAGUUCAACAUUGACGCAUUUCAAAGCUUCUUGUCGCAUAGAGCUAUGUACACCAGCGACAUGCUCUUUAUAACAACCAAUGAGACGACCGGGGAGCGUACGUUGACCGAGUUGCCGGUGAUCAGCCAGUAUGUUGGGGAACUGGAUGCUGUUUUGGUGCUCGAGACGUCCAAGACGAUGAAUUUGGAUGAGUUUACCGCCAAAGUCAUCAGAGGUGUCAAGCAGACGUUCAUUCUUACCAUGGGUCGAUUAUUCAAUCCUGACAUUUCACCCUCUACUGUCCCUGCUUUGCGGACGACACGGCAGGUUGCAAUCGCAACAGUCUCGGUUGUUGUACGCUGCGCAGAAGCCAUUCUAGGAAUCGGCACCCUGCUCACCCUCAUCAUGCUCCGUCAUUAUCAUAUCCGACCCAACAUUCUCCAAAGCGACCCCGGCUCCAUCGGGGCCAUGUGCAGUAUGCUGACCGAUGUGUUUGGCCCCAACAAUAUCCUUGCCCAUCCUCGCUUUGACUUUCACCAGUUCUCGACCCGACAGCUCCGCCGCCUCCUGCGACACUGCCGGUUAAAAUGGUUCCACAGUCCUCUUGGGAGCCGCCUCGAGAUUGUGACGGCGGAUGGCUCACCGGUGGUCCUGGACGAGCGGAUGCGGACCCGAGCAGACCCCAGACCGCACUUCCUCAUCAUUCCGAUCUUCAUCAUCGAAUUCCUUCUCCUUAUCGCCGUCAUUGUUCUUAUGAGCUUGGUCGUCUCCUCACUUGCCAAAGACGGCGGCUUUCAACACCUGAACCAGACGAGUUCGAGUUUUCUGCAAGUCGUUCUCUCGUUCCUCCCGUCCGUCGUGGCCUCGGCAGUGGCCGCCCUCUGUGUAUCUAUACACCGAAACCUUAGCGUCCUCGAACCAUGGGUUCACCUGCAACGUGGCAUGGCCAGCGUGAGCACGUCAUUGACGAUGAACUACUCUUGCCAGAACCCGUGGACAGUGUUACCAAAAGCAGCCAGAAACCGGCACGUCCUCCUACUUCUCGUUUCUUUUGCCUGCAUCGCCAAUACAGUUCUCACCGUUGUUGCUGGUGGUCUGUUUACACAGCAGCUGACCGACUCCGAGUCUGCAACCGAUAAGCUAUUUGCGAAUUACAGUCAUUCCGUGUUCCGACAAAACGACUUCGCGGCAGACUUUACCGAGUAUGAUCUGAUUCAAACCAGCAUCACCAGUGGGGUGCCGUUGCUCUCGUGGACGAGCACAAAUACCUCUUUCGCUCCUAUUGCUAUUCACGACCCCGAUCCAGACUCUUCAUAUAAAGCUACAACACUGGGAAUUGGCGCCAAUCUCGACUGCCGAGUGCUAUCUAUUCCCGACAACCUGCAAAUCCUUGAAGACGGCCCGUACUGGACAUACAGCCCCACCAAUGCGCCGGACCAGGACUGCUGGGUCAAGAUGACGCCGCCGCGAGACCCGACUGAUAGAUUUUCUUUAUCAAUAAAUUUCUUUUCUCCGGCCGCGACGGACGAAACAGACAUCUGUCAAACAUCAACCGUCCUGGUUGUGGGUCGGUGGAACUACACCGCCGCGUCGGAUAUCACCAGCAACAACACCGUCGCCCUGCAAUGUGAGCCAGUCCUCCAGAUGAACAACUUUUCGAUCCUCUUCGACCAAAGAGGCCAGAUCCAGGACUAUUAUGUGAUUCCUGAUACUGAAAUCACCGGUGGCACCAUGUACAACAAUGCGACCAUCAGCCUUGGCCAGUUCAACAAGGUGUUUGCUGCUAUACCCCAGAGCUUCUACGGCGAGGACUCUGUCAAUUCGAGCUAUACUGCAUCGUACGACUGGGCAGGAUUCCUUGUUUCCGUUCUCUACAAACGCGACGUGGCUCCGAUUACUCACCUCGACGCAGAUCGGUUGAUGGAUCUUUCACAGACUGUAUACCAAUGGGUAUAUGCGACAUACUUUUCGCUCUGGCGCGAGAUCUACCUUUUACCGCUGCACGAUCCACCCGUUGCACUGGACGCUACAGUUAUCUGGAGUGCGUGGCGAAUGGAACCGUCCGAAUCAUCCCUUUUCAUCGCAAUGACAAUCAUCGCCCUCGACACCGUGAUUGUCCUGAUCGUUUUCGGUAUGCGCCGCGGCCGAUUCAAGGGACCCCGCAUACCGCGCUCAAUCGGCUCGGUAAUCCCGUGGAUCGCCAACAGUCGCAUGAUCGACGACUUUCGGGGGACGUACAGCUGGACGAACGCGCAGCGCCAGACGCAUCUGGAGAGACUCGACAAGCGGUAUUCGUUCCGGCUGUUUCUGCGAGAGGAUAACCAGUGGCGGUUUGCGGUCGAUGAGGAGCCGCGGAUGGUGUCUGUAAAGGUGGAAAGUACGCCCCCUACCGAAGGAGGAGGGGGAGGAGGUGAAGCGGGGAUGACGGCGAUGAAGCCGCCGGAGGAGAUAGAGCUGAGCGUUGUCGAGAAUCGGGGCACGCCUCGCGAGACGCUGGUGGAACCACCACCACCACCAGAAGCAAUGGAGGCAGUGGAGGCUGUGGAGGCCUUUGAAAGACAUGAGAAUCGUGAGCAGGACUCGCGAGCUACGUGAUAUGACAUGACUGUAUAUAUAGAUAUGUGCAAAUAAUUGGAUAAGACUUGUCUACUUACGAGCCCACUUUACCUCUAAUUCCCAAUCAAGGAGUUCACCAGAACCCCUCCUUGCGCUGUCUCUGCAGUGGUCAUCAUGCAUGGAUCUUGACCGCCAGUUCGCAGGACCCGAAGGAAGCAUUCCCUGCACGCGACAAGACAUCCCACUGCACCGGGUUUCGAUCCCGGUUUCGAGGAACGGAGACACGGCUCAUUAUCAAGAAACCAAGUCCAAGGAGCCUUUUCCACUAAUAUGUCUGCAGCAAUCUCGACUGGUUAUACUCCCACGCGGUCAUCGUCCCACCGUACUUGACCUGCUCCCCGUCCCGCACCAGCUCCGGUAUCGCCCCCACCAGCGCCUCCCGGUCCGGCUUGCCAAAGUACGCCACCGAGUAGCGACGCGGCACCUCGUGCGUGUGAAAAGUCCCGCCGUUGCUGCUCCCACCUGCAGCACCACCAGACCCAGACCCGGACCCAGACCCAGCACAAGAACCCCCCUUCAUCUUCAUCCCAACAGGCAGCGUCACGCGGUGAUUCGCCGACCUGAGCCGAUCAUUCGUCCACCGCUGCAGACAGUCCCCAACAUUCACAAUGAGCUCCCUCCCUACUCUCCCCCUCUUACCCCCUCCAUUACCAUCACCAGAACCCGAACGCACCGUCGGCAAAACCGGAAUAUAAACCCCGCUCCGAUCCUGAUCCUCCACCUCGAGCCCCCCAACCCCAUCCUGAAACAGCAACGUGACUGUCCCGAAAUCCGUAUGUGACGAGAUGCGCAUCAUGCUCCCGUCCGCGAGGGCGCUGAGGUCCGCCGCGCACGUCGCGGGCGGGUAGUGGUUGAGCCGGAGCUCGGAGCUAUUCCGGCUGCAGCGCGCUGUGAAGAAGGUGGGCGGGAGGGAGAAGGAGAGGGCGAUUGCGGUUAGGAGGUGUAGGUGGAGGGUUUGGCACGACUCGUAGAAGCGUUCCAUGAAGGGGCGGAAGUGCGGGAGGGUUGUUGGCGGUGGGAAGAUGUUUGGGUAGAGCGGGUCGCAUUGCGGGCCUUGGUCGAAGGAUUCCUGUAACCCAUACUUAGCUGAGCUGGUGGUUGAAAGGGGGAAGGGGGAGAGGGGUUUGAGGGGAGGACCUUGAGGUCAAAAACAGCCUUGCCCUGUCGGAUAACCGAGAGCUUCUCCUGGCCAACGCAGCUCCAGCCUCGGUGCGGGUUCGCUUGCACGGGGUGCGCGGCUUGGAGUUUGUCUUCGAGUGGCAGGUCGAAGAAUUUCUUGCUCUGCGCCAUGAACAUAUUGUCCUGUAACGGUUGGAAUGGACGACUCACCCACUCAAAAACCUCGUCGAGCGUCUCAUCAGGGAUACUAUGGUUGCGGAUCUUGACAAACCCCAACGUCGACAAUGAGGCGUGUAAUUUCUGGCAGAAAGCAUCUUGCUGCGCCUGGCUGCCGUGUGCGAAGUCUGCGAAGUCGAGGACGGGGAUGUCCAUCUCUAACUGAGCUGGUCUGCUGGCUAGCUAGCGAGCGAAGAAGAAAAAGAAAAAUUGACACAAAGUCAAUCCGCAGGGCAAGGGUGAGUGGCUUGUCUUUAUCUCAGAGAGCUAGCCUGCCCGCCGCUAGAUGCAUGACUAGACCGAUAGAGAUACGCAGCUAGAGAUAGUCCGGCAGCGGCCCACCGGCGUUUAACAAUCUGCGGUCUGCCCCUCGGGAGCCGAGACGUUGCGACUAAGACCAGACCGGAUUGACAUUGCGUUCCAGGAAGUCAUGUCCCGAAGGAUUGAUUAUUCUGGGUUGGCGAGGGAGCACUAAUGCACGAUUGUCGUACGAUGGUGAAUAUUCCGUCUUUGGGAUUCUGACCGCAUUAUCUGGGCACUCGGACUCGGGAGGAAAAGGUACUUGGUACAUGCAGGAGAAUGCCAAGUGCCGAGAAUAUCGACACCGACAUAUGGUUCGUGUUUCGCCGGCGAAUGCUUGUGUCUAGGCGCUGCGUCCUGCGGCCACUGGCUAGUGCUUGUGGGCGUUUAGCCUGGGGGUUUGGGGGUGGCGAGAUGGAGCCGUGGGCUUUAUUUCAACUGGUUUCUUUUGCUUAUCAAACGGCGUCUCACAAGGGGGUGCACCACCUUACAUGGCUUCACUUUACCCUGAUUCUCGAAAAACUCUCACGGACCAUAGAAAUCGGCCCACCUCUUAUCUUGGGAUGGUCAUCCCUUAGCCAGAAGACUUUUGCUAAUCCUAGUUCGAGCCUCCGGCUGUUCAAGUGCAUAUGUGGGCCCUCUAGUCUGUUCGAGACCUGUUAUGCUUAUCCAAAGGAACAGCUUGUACUAUCACUAGGCAUGCAUAAGCUCCACACAUUGUCCGUGUCAGCUUCCCUGUUCUCAAG